AUGGCAGGCUCAGAUGCACCACAGGCUUAUGUCUUUUACAACUACAACCCGAGCAUGGUGGCAGCCGUCAUAUUCAUCAUUGUGUUUGGCCUCUCUUCAUUAUUACACACGUUUCAACUUGCACGCGCUCGAACAUGGUAUUUUAUUCCAUUCUUGAUUGGAUGUCUCUUUGAAUGUGUUGGUUACAUUGGCCGCGCCCUCUCUGCCAAUGAAGCACCCGACUUUACCAAGAACCCCUACAUUAUUCAGUCUAUCCUGUUGCUGCUUGGACCAGCGCUGCUAGCUGCUUCCAUUUACAUGGUCCUCGGUCGUCUCAUCGUACUUUUGGAUGCGGGUCAUCUCUCUGUUAUUCGCCCCAAGUGGCUGACCAAAGUAUUUGUUACUGGCGAUGUUUUGUCUUUUCUCGCACAGAGUGCCGGUGGUGGUAUGUUGGCGACAGCCAAGGAUAAAGAUGCUGUCAAGAGAGGUGAAAACAUCAUUGUCGGUGGCCUCAUCAUCCAGAUCCUCUUUUUCGGCUUCUUCAUGAUUGUCACCCUCAUCUUUCAUGUCCGCAUCAAGCGCAACCCUACACAAAAGUCUCUAGAAAUUGUCACUCCAUGGAAGAAGCUCCUCUUUGCUCUGUACGCAGCCAGUCUGUCCAUCCUCGUGCGAUCAGUCUUUCGUGUCGCCGAGUACGUCAUGGGCAAAGACAGCGCUCUCCAGUCGCAGGAAUUCUGGAUCUACAUUUUUGAUGCUCUUCUUAUGAGUUUGGUGGUGGUCUCGCUCAACUGGUUCCAUCCCAGUCGUGUGAUCAAUGGUGCGUCAGACAGGAAGCGGAUUGUGAGUCAGGACGAGUAUAUGCUGGAGGGGCAAAGGCAUGAUGGAGAACGCCGACGAUACUCUUUGUCGCCUGUCCGUCCCAAGGGUAACAACUGA